GCCGGCGCGCACGUUCCGUGGGGCGGCUCGCGAAGCAUCGCGAGGAGGCCCAGGCCCGGGCCUGCCCCGCGGGGGCGCGCACUACGCCUGCGCGCCGGCCGCACUCCCCUCGCCUGUCUGCCCCUGCUUGCGGGGUGUCUUCCUCAGUGUGCUGCCGCCGGGUCGCCCCUGCCUGCCUGCCUGUUUUGCGUGACUUGAAACGGCCUGGCCGGUUGGUCGGGCGGGGGCGAGCGGAGGCUUUCAGCCCGCGGUCAUGGGCCCUAAAUCAUUGCCGUGGCGGCAGUGGCGGCGGCGGCGGCUGAGUGACUGAGGGGAGACACCGCCGGGGGAGGGGGGCAGGCAGGGGGUAGAGCGUGCGGUGUGCGUGGGUGGUGUUGACGACGGUGUUUUUAACCCUUAGAUGGUCUCUAGCGAGCCGUUGCUGCUGCCUGUGUCACUGGAGGGCGAGUUCUCCAAUAGCAUGAAGGAGAUGAUCGGCGGCUGCUGCGUGUGCUCCGACGAGAGGGGCUGGGCCGAGAACCCGCUUGUCUACUGCGACGGGCACGGCUGCAAUGUCGCAGUGCAUCAAGCUUGCUAUGGAAUUGUUCAAGUACCCACUGGACCUUGGUUUUGCAGGAAGUGUGAAUCUCAGGAAAGAGCAGCCAGAGUGAGAUGUGAAUUAUGCCCUCAUAAGGAUGGUGCUUUAAAGAGAACAGAUAAUGGGGGUUGGGCUCAUGUGGUUUGUGCUCUGUACAUUCCCGAGGUGCAGUUUGCAAACGUUUCUACAAUGGAACCUAUCGUGUUGCAGUCUGUUCCUCACGAUCGGUACAACAAGACGUGCUAUAUUUGUGAUGAGCAAGGCAGAGAAAGCAAAGCAGCCACCGGUGCUUGUAUGACGUGUAAUAAACACGGAUGUCGGCAAGCUUUCCACGUAACGUGUGCACAGUUUGCAGGACUUCUUUGUGAAGAAGAAGGCAAUGGUGCCGAUAACGUCCAAUACUGCGGCUACUGUAAAUACCAUUUUAGCAAACUGAAAAAGAGCAAACGGGGAUCUAAUAGGUCAUAUGAUCAAAGUUUAAGUGAUUCUUCCUCUCACUCUCAGGAUAAACAUCAUGAGAAGGAGAAAAAAAAGUAUAAAGAGAAAGAUAAACACAAGCAAAAAUAUAAGAAGCAGUCGGAGUCCUCGCCGUCCUUGGUUCCAUCUCUUACUGUUACUACGGAGAAAUCAUACACAAGCACUAGCAACAACUCCAUGUCGGGCUCCUUGAAGCGGCUGGAAGACACCACGGCUCGAUUUACAAAUGCAAAUUUCCAGGAAGUUUCUACACACGUUUCGAGUGGAAAAGAUUCUUCAGAGGCCAGAGGGUCAGAGAGCAAAGGGAAGAAAUCUACAGGUCACAACUCAGGUCAGAGGGGAAGAAAGCCUGGUGCUGGAAGAAACCCAGGCACAACUGUGAGCACAGCGAGCCCUUUUCAGCAAGGAAGCUUUUUGGGCACUCCUGGGAGCAUAAAGUCAUCUUCUGGAAGCUCAGUCCAGUCUCCCCAGGAUUUCUUGAGUUUUACAGACACAGAUCUGCGAAGUGACAGUUUCACACAUUCUCAACAGGCUUCCUCAACCAAAGAUGUACAUAAAGGAGAGACUGGGAGUCAAGAGGGGAGUGCCAAUUGUUUCACUUCUUUAAUUGGUCUCCCUUCAUCAUCAUCAUCAUCAUCAUCUGUUUCCCAAUCUAAAAACUUUGACAGUUCACCUGGAGACAUAGGUAAUUCGAGCCUUACUUCUACAGCAUACAAACGAGCUCAGACUUCUGGAAUAGACGAAGAAACUGUAACAGAGAAGAAACGGAAAGGAAAUAAGCAAAGUAAACAUGGGCCUGGUAGACCCAAAGGAAAUAAGAGUCAAGAAAGCAUUUCCCAUCUUUCAGUUUCUUCUGCUUCCCCAACUUCAUCUGUGGCAUCUGCUGCAGGAAGUGUGACAAGCUCUGGUCUUCAAAAAUCUCCAACUUUGCUCAGGAAUGGAAGUUUACAAAGUCUUAGUGUUGGCUCAUCUCCAGUGGGUUCAGGUAUUUUUAGCAGCAAUGAUGUAGCAGUAUCAUUUCCAAAUGCAGUAUCUGGCUCAGGAUCUAGCACUCCCGUUUCCAGCUCUCAUUUACCUCAGCAGGCUUCAGGCCACUUGCAGCAAGUGGGAGCUCUGUCACCUUCAACUGCGCCUUCUAUAACUACUGUUGUUGCUGCAACUCAGGCAAACACCCUCCCUGGAUCUUCGCUCGGUCUGCCUCCAUCCCACAUGUACGGCAGUAGGCUGAACCCCAGUUCAACCGUGGCAGCACUUAUAUCUCAGUCUGAAAACAGCCAAGCAGAUCAAGAUCUCGGAGAUAACAGCCGAAGCCUUGCUGGCAGAGGAGGCUCACCCAGAGGAAGUCUCUCACCACGAUCCCCUGCAAGCAGCUUGCAGAUUCGCUAUGAUCAAUCAGGGAACAGUUGCGGGGAGAAUUUGCCCCCAGUAGCAACCAGCAUAGAACAGCUUCUGGAGAGGCAGUGGAAUGAAGGACAACAGUUUUUAUUAGAGCAAGGCACCCCUAGUGACAUUUUAGGAAUGCUUAAAUCCUUACACCAGCUUCAGGUUGAGAACAGGAGGUUAGAGGAGCAAAUCAAGAAUCUGACCGCCAAGAAGGAGCGGCUUCAGCUACUCAAUGCACAGCUCUCAGUGCCCUUUCCAACAAUCACUUCAAACCCCAGCCCUUCCCAUCAAGUGCACCCCUUUCCAGUACAAGCAGCACCUAGCACUGACUCCUUGAAUAGCAGUAAAAGCCCUCAUCUGGGAAACAGCUUCUUACCGGACAGUUCUCUCCCUGUAUUAAAUCAGGAGAUAACCUCCAGCGGACAAAGCACCAGCAGUUCAUCAGCUCUUUCCACUCCACCACCUGCUGGGCAGAGUCCAGCUCAGCAAGGCUCAGGAGUCACAGGAGUUCAACAGGUCAAUGGUGUGACAGUGGGGGCACUAGCUAGUGGUAUGCAGACUGUAACCUCCACCAUUCCUGCAGUGCCUGGUGUGGGUGGAAUAAUUGGAGCGCUGCCAGCCAGCCAGCUGGCAAUCAAUGGGAUUGUAGGAGCUUUAAAUGGGGUCAUUCAGACCCCAGCAACAAUAUCGCAGAACCCUUCUCCUCUGGCUCACGCAACUGUGCCACCCAACGCAACACAUCCCCUGCCAACCACCUUAAAUAACAGUGCCUCAGGACUAGGACUGCUUCCUGACCAGCAGAGACAGCUUCUGCUCCAUCAGCAGCACCAGCAAUUCCAGCAGUUACUGAGUACCCAGCAGCUCACAUCAGAACAACAUCAAGCUCUUUUGUAUCAGUUAGUACAGCAGCAGCAUCACCACCACCAGCACCACCAGUCCGAAGUACAGCAGCUGCAGAUUACUGGAGGGGCACAGAUACCCAUGAACAACUUGCUGUCGGGCACCCAGGCCUCGCCACUGAAUGCAGCUACCACCAACCCCUUCCUUACCAUCCACGGGGAUAAUGCAGCCCAGAAGGUGACAAGGCUCAAUGAUAAAACUGGACCAGUUGCAUCAGAGAAGAGCUGAUGUUUGAAUGAGACUUGAGAACUGCAGGUACUGCUGCUCUAGCACUUCCUCUGACUGCAGGCUGCAGGUUCCUGCUCUGCAGGAUGAAGAAAUGCAACAAGGAACUUACGGCACAGCAAAGGAUUAAAGCUGAGGAUAGUGUGGGUAGGCUUUCAUUUGCUCUCUUGUUGCACUAAACUGGAUGUACUUAAUCUCUCUGACUGUGAAGUAGAUCAAACUCUGCAAGCCCUGAUUGUUUUGUCACUAGGCUGGUACCAAGUACAGAUUCCACCCCAGAAGAACAUGGACUUGACUCUUCAGUCUAGUCCUGUACAUGCCAGGCUCUGAGGCUGUCUGCAGUCAGGCUUUGCUUUAGCUUCAGAGCAGCCCCCAUCCUUCUGCUGCAGCUGCAAUGUCAUCUCGGACCCAGCUGGGUGUGGCAGCAGGGGCUUGCUCUCCACUCUUCCCGCUUCAUACCGCUAUUUUGAAACCCAACUCAUAAGGGAAAUCCACUCUUGAACUGUUUAUUCCUUUCAGAUUCCUGUUCUAUAGUGGGAGUUUCUCCAGGGUAAGAAUUGCAGUAUGGAAUCCAAAGUUUAUUACUUCUGGUGUAGGUUUUAGAGUAUUGAGGUUUUUUUUAAGAGGAGCCAGUGUGGUUCCAGUGAGUUUCCUUACCAGCUGAGCAGGCCAACCUGGCAGAAGCAGGUGUAGUGUCUGGCCUAACCCAAGUGCCUGUUGCUACCUCCAUUUGUGAAAUGGCUGCAGCUGACCAUGCACUAGCCGUGUCCUAGUGAGCCAUGGGAGUAGUCUGUGUUGCACCAGCAGCCUUCUUGUUCUGCCUUUCCUAGAGGUGUUUGUACCACUGUAGAGAGCUCAGGCAGAGUGUUGUUACCUGGGUCACUUUUCACUCAUCGACUACCAAAACAAGUGAGCAUUUCCCACUGAAACUUGGCAGUGGCUGAAAAAAGUGAAGGUGGUUACAGCGCUUCUGAUGGCAGCUGAGCUCCUGGCGCCAGCCUCUGCAGCGUGGAGAAGGGAGCAGAGAUGGGCAGUGACCACUCCUCAGCACUAAGGUGGGAAGUGGUAGGGGAAAAAGACCCAGCUGUAAUUAGACCUCCACUGUGUACUGACCUGGAAGAACAUCUUAAUUCUGCAAUAUGUUUCUUAGUUAAACAUUGCACAGUUCUUACCUCAUUGCUGUAAAUAAGGUUUUGUGAAUCUGUUUUGUAUUGUGAAAGAAUUCCUAAGGAAAAAAACACUGAUAUUUUGAUUUGUAAUAUUUCUAAUUAGUAGAUUUAAUUGCAGAAAAAAAGGAAAGUUAAAAAUAAUUUAUUUUUCUAUGUUCUGGGGGAAUUUUUUUUAAAAAAAAAAGAGGAAAAGAGAAGUCAAUCACUUUUGUAGAUACUUUCCAGAAGGACACCAGUGGUUUAUUUUCCUGCUCAGCCCACUGGUGCGUAUUCUGUAAUGAUUUGUACAAAAGGGCAGAUGGACACGUGCUGUUAUUUUGCCUAGAUGUAAAAUUCCAAAUGUAUGAAGAGAUGUACAAAGCUUUUUGUUAAUAAACUUUAAUUAUGUUUA